GAAGAACUGGAGAUUUACCGGAAGCAAUAAAUUACAGUAGCCAACAGGAGCUCAAUGUGACAUUCUUCUGCGGUUGUUUCUGACCUGUUGUAUUAGAAUCAGAAUGUUUCUCACUGCGGUAAACCUUGCCAAGAGCAAAUCUAAGACGUUGCUGGUUCAGAUGGUAAGUGCAGCUGGCACAGGUCACUGUUUCAACACAAAGAGGGGUCGAUUAAGAGAGAAACUGGUUUUGCGAAAGCAUGACCCAGUAGUAAACAAACAUGUUCUCUUCUUUGAGAAGAGGAAGAUCCGCUCACUUUAAACAUGGGAAGAACUCUUUUGAAACAGACACAGAAUUACAGUCCAUUUGCAUUGUGUCAAACUGUAGACAUGAAACAGACCCCACAGUGAAGUGAUCAAGAUCUAAACCUCCAUGAAGGAAGAUUUGAAGAUCUGAGUGGAAUUUGUGGACCCCACACCAAUGCAACUAUGAAUGACUGGCUCAUUGUAAAGGGACCAGAAAGUAGUUUUACAUCCCAUUAGAAUAAUGUGGUGUUCACUGACAAUUAUGUUCAAUUUGUUUUUCUUCUUUUUUUUUUUUUUUUUUUGGACUAAAGGCAAAUAAUGCGGAUCACUUUAGGCUGAAGUGGAUUUGUUGGAAUAAUUAUCCUGCUAAAUUUAUUUGUGAGAAAAUCAGUGUAUAUAAGUGUGUUGCCAUGCUAAAAAUAACAUCAAUUCAAACAUAACAAUGGCUGUGCAAUUUGUACUUCCAGAAACUAAAGGGAUAGUUCACCCAAAAAUUCUCAUCAUUUACUCGCCCUAAUGACAUACCAAAUGUGUAUGACUUUCUUUCCUCUUUAGAACACAAACAAAGAUUUUUAGAAGAAUGCCCCAGCUCUGUA